CAGCGGUCACACUCCAGGAUGCAAGCAGCCUCACAGCAGAUUCUGACCAUCACACACAGGCUUGGAGAGAGAGAGAGAGAGAGAGAGAGAGAGAGACCGAAUCAGCACCUCACACACAUUGCCAGAACCAUCUCGCUCCAGGGUAGGGAAUACUUACUUUAAAAAAUUUGAAUUACUCAACCAGCAUUACUAUCUGUCCUCUCUCUCUGACAUGGAGCUCCACCGCCUCCGACACAACCACAGCCACCGAACCGACGACAAGCUCCAGAUGCUGAACCUCAACCAACGCCUGGAGACCUACCUGGGCCGAGUGAGGCUGCUGGAGGAGGAGAACAAGCUACUAUGCCAGGAGAUCCAGGCCCUGAGGGGCAGCGGCCAGGGGGGGCGGAUGGGCCUGGAGGACAAGCUGAGCCUGGCCAGGCAAGAGGUAGAGGAAGCCUGGAGGAAGAAGGAUCAGGUGGAGCUGGAGCUAGGGAGCCUGGGUGAAGAGCUCCAAGUCCUGGGGCUGCAGAGACAGUGGGAGGCAGACGCCCAUGGGGAGGUGAAGAAGAAGCUGGCAGACAGCAGGAAGCAGAUGGAGGAGGAGAGGAGGGCUCAGAUCUGGUUAAGAGAGAAGGUGAGCCAGCUAGAGAAACAAAUCCAGUUCCAGAUACAAACCCACCAGGAAGAUGUUGCCGGCUUCCAGGCUACACUAACCCAUGUCAGACCUGCACUGCCACCCCCUCCACCCCAAACGGGAACCCAGCUGCCCAGCCUCCAGGAGCUGGGUGAGGAGUACUCCCAGAUGGCUGUCAGGGCGUGGCAUGAGGCAGCCAUGGUGUUUCAGGGCCAGGUGGACAGCCUGGACGAGUCUCUAAACCAGGCCAGAACCCGGUUGGCUCAGGUGGGCCAGGAGAAGAUUGAGAGCCAGCUGAAACUUCAGGCCCUGGAGAAUGAGCUGCAAUCAGCCCAGGAUAGAAGGCAGUGUCUGGAGAGGAGUGUGGCCAAACAAAGAGACAGGCAGAGGCAAGAGAUACAAAACCUGCAGGCCCAUCUGGACGUGUUGGAGAUGGAGAAGGGGGCGCUGGGAAAUCAGAUUGACACUCUCCUGACAGAAAGUAGGGGUCUGCUGCAGCUGAAGAUGUCUCUAGGCAUGGAGGUGGCCACAUACAGAGCUUUACUGGACAAUGAAAGUCUGAAGGGGGAUUUCUCUUCAACAAAUCAGCUAAGGAGUACCUACAUCUCUGAUGGAAUGCCCAGCUCUCGAGGGGUUAAACAAAGGUUCCAGACACAGCUGGCUACCAGUCACAUGAUCAGGCCCAUCUCUACCAUCCAUAGAGCAAGCCCACAAUCCAAUGUAACAAUGAUGUCCGCAUCACCAAUCUGGACUCAGAAUCGGGUAACCCUGAACAAAACACCUGAGAGUUGUCGAAAGACAGAAGAAGAGCAUAUUGACUUUAGCGUAGGGUCCAACCACCAGGUAAGUUGUUCAACGCCUUACCCCAAAGUACCACAGGACGGAAUUUCAGUCGACCACUUCAGACCCCAAGAUAUCCAUAAAGAAGUCAACUAUGCUGAGCCUCUCUCACCUCCCACUGAAGAGGCAGGAGCUGAUGUUAUAUCUUUGCUUGGAUCUGACCAUAAGGAACAAUACAUGUGGGAUAUGGAAAAGGAGAAAGAGGAUCAGAACAUAGUCAGAACCUGGUUUGCUGAAGAGAAACCCGUUCUGGAAUCUGUCAUGAGUCACCAGGUUGAGACCUGCUUCAGUAUGCCAACUGUGUUCAGCACUGAUGCUCAAGAGCUCUACAGCCCUUCAGUGAGCUAUGAGAGAGCAGGUUCGGUGACAGGGGCACAUUCUGCUUUCUCAGCGAAUGAUGAUAAUGAUGUACCUUUUUUGAAAAACGUCUUUUGAAAAAGAGGAACCUCUACUAGAUAUGCCUUACGGUCCCAUGAAUGCAUCGGAGGAAAGAGAUCUUGAAACAGCAAAGAAAGAUGCUGAAUGGGCGGGAAAUGAAGGCUUGGAAUCUGAAACUAAAUCAGUGCUAGAACAAGCAUUUGAGUAUGGGGCGGGGAAAAGUUACAACAAGCCAAUAGAGUUCAACCAAGAGGACAGUAUGUCAUAUGAAUCUACUCAAGCCUCCCACGGUUACAACAAGCCAAUAGAGUUAACCAAGAGGACAAUAUGUCAUAUGAAUCUACUCAAGCCUCCCACGGUUUAGAAGAGGCAUUUUGCCAUGUUAAAAGACUGGAGGAAGAUGUUAUUAUCUCCCAAACGAGGAUGAAAAUGAUAUGUCUAACAAACAUGAGGAGCAAUUGGAAGAUGAAUGGCACGCCUAUGGGUAUGGUAAGGAUGAUUGUGAAAGAUCGGGAGGAUUCAAUAAGGAAAAUGAUAUGACAGAAAGAAUCGGCGAGUUCAACCAAAGAGUAUUAUUAAUCUCACAAAAGAGGAUGGUGAAAAUGAUAUGUCUAACAAAGAUGAAGAUCAAUUGGAAGAUGAAUUGCACCCUAUGGGUAUGGUAAGGAUGAUUGUGAAAGAGUGGGAGGAUUCAAUAAGGAAAAUGACAUGACAGAAAGAAUCGAUAAGUUCAACCAAGAGAAAUUAUCUCAUAUGAAUCUGCUCAAGCUUCUCACUGGUCAGAAGAGGUAUUUCACCAUGUUGAAAGAGUGGAGGAAGGUGACAUACAUUUCACAAAAGGGGAUGAUGAAAAUGAUAUGUCUAACAGACGUGAGGAACAACAUGCACUGAACCCCAAUGGGGAUGUAAAGGAUGAAUGGGAUAGAGUGGGAGGUUACAAUGAAGAGAAUAGAAUUGGAGAAAGAAUGGAUGAUUGGAAAGAAGGAAAGGAUCAUGUGAAAGAGGAAGAGACGUGGAAUAACAGAGAAACCCAACCCAAUCGGUCUGAUCAAGAGUAUAUACCUUCAAAUGUAGAGAAACUGAAUCAAUUUGAGCAAGAGCAAAUACCUUCAGGCAGAGAGAAACUGAAUAUAUCCGACAAUGACAAAGAGGAUCACGAUGAGGCAAACUACUGUCAAAAUAAUUCUGUUUCAUGGAGGGCUGAGCUAGAAGGCGACAGCUAUGCUCAGGACAACACACUAGCCGAUACACACCCCCUGAUCCGUUACAAGAGUGACGAGACGGAUGUCAACACUCAGGCUUCACACAUGGGCGAAAGUGACUCCAGUGAUGGUGAAGAGGACAGGGAGGUUUGCCAGACAGGAACAGACACCUGUGGCGAAGGCAAGUCCAAACAGUUUGACACCAUGGAGUAUCUGUAUGAAGAGUCAGAAGGAGACGUCAUAGAUCAGGAAAGUAACAUGGGCUCCACUCACCAAGAGGACAUGGAUGCUAGCCAAACAAAGGAGCAUGCUACACAGGAGAACGAUGAGGAGAAUGCUGUAGAUCAGUUGAUUCAGGAGGCAGAAGAGGAGCAAUCUUAUGAGGAACUUACAGAACCUGGAGAGUACUCCAUGGUGUGCUCUGAUGAGGACUAUAAUGAAGAAAGAAUUGAUAGAUUGGUGGAGCAAGAGCUAGAGAAUUUAUCUAUAUCCAGUUACAGUGAACACUUUACUGGGCAGAUGAUUGAGAGCGAGUCAGUACUGAGUCUUCAAAUUGAGUCUCACACUGAACUUGCCCAGACACAAGACAUAUUAUACAGUGAGGAGGUAGAGCAGAUACACUCAGAGAGACUGAAUCAAUCUGAGCAAGAGCAUAUACCAUCAGGCGGAGAGAAACUGAAUCAAACCGAUUCAGAGCAUAUACCUUCAAACAGAGAGAAACUGAAUGUAUAUGUGCAAGAACACAUUCCAUCAGACGGAGAGAAACUGAAUCAAUCUGAACAAGAGAAUAUACCUUCAGACGGAGAGAAACUGAAUCAAUCCGAGCCAGAGUAUAUAAUUUCAGUGGGGGAGAAACUAGAUAUAUGUGAGCAAGAACAUAUACCCUCAGACAGAGAAAAAAUGUAUCAAUCGAGCCAGAGCAUAUAACUUCAAACGGAGAGAAACUGAAUCAAUCUGAGCAAGAAAAUAUACCUUUAGGUGGAGAGAAAAUUAAUCAAUCUGAACAACAGUAUAUAAUUUCAGGUGGAGAGAAACUGAACGUAAAUGCACAAGAACACAUACCAACAGACGGAGAGAAAAUGAAUCAAUCCGAGUCAGAGUAAUACCUUCAGGCGGAGAGAAACUGAAUCAAUCCGAGCAAGAGAAUAUACCCUCAGGCGGAGAGAAACUGAAUCAAUCCGGCAAGAGAAUAUACCCUCAGGCGGAGAGAAACUGAAUCAAUCCGAGCAAGAGAAUAUACCCUCAGGCGGAGAGAAA